GUCCCAGACUCGGGCGCUCAGGCGUCAAAGAGCACCCUCCGCUCCCUUUCACAUGACGCAUUCACCAAGACAGCUACGUGGAUUCUGCACCACGAUGUCUGGUUCUGAUAGCACCGUCCAACCUCUUUGCGGCUAUUGUUCUGCUUUGUUCCCAUUGGAUGUGUACGCCAAGCCAGGCAGCGUCAGCCACCAUGCCACGGUGCGCGACCUUCUCAACUGUGUAGCACAAACCUCAUGUGCUAUUUGCGCGGAGAUUCCGCAGCAGUGGCCGCUCGACAACGUGCGCAAGACUUUCCCCGACGAUGGCGAAGACGUGAUCAUCGACCAGACCGAGAUCGCACUUAGCGUUGAUGAUGGCCAUCGCCUCGUAGCUGCUCGUGGCAGGCUAGGCGUGUUAAAACCGCCAGACCAGAUUGGCUGGAUCAAUCUCACCCUUUUACUGCGGUCAGCUCGACACAGCUACGCGCAUACCAUGAAGUUUGUCAUCGUGACUUGCAGCUUGGAAGGCACAUGGUCCGAAGCUCCCGCAAUAUGGUUGGCACCUUCCGCAGGUGAAGUCAGUCAUGCCGACAAGGCGAAGAUUAUCAAAUCCUGGUUGGCAGAAUGCGAACAUGAGCACGAGCUUUGUGGCGAUGUGCCCGCGAACGUUCAAGUUGCACUGCCUAAACGACUGGUCAGAAUCGGGAACGAUUCAUUGCGCCUAGUUCUCACGAAAGCUGAGGCCGAAGUUGUUAAUCACAUAGAAUAUGCGGCGCUCAGUCACUGCUGGGGAUCUUAUCCGCCUCUGAAGACAACCAAGGCAAACCUGGAUCGCCUAAGCCAAGAUUUUGCUAUCCGCGGUACACAGAGUAACGAUUUAAUACCCCCUCGCACAUUUAGAGAGGCAGUCGAGCUCUGCCGUGCUCUCAAUAUACAAUACAUAUGGAUAGACAGUCUUUGUAUUGUCCAGGAUGACUUGGAAGAGUGGCAGGCCGAGGCCACCCUUAUGGGAAGCGUAUAUGCAAACGCCCAGCUGACGAUAGCAGCGUCCAGUGCUGCCGACAGCACGGAGGGAUGCUUUCCUAGUAUUCUUCCAGAUCGUGGAAGCGCCUUUCAUAGGAGGUCUCGACUCAUUACACAGUUCAGAGCCAUUUUGUCACCUGGAAAAGUCAACAACGAGGAGAUGCCCCUCAGUAACGCAGGAGCACCUCGAACGACGGGCAACCUUCAUGCCGUCCGAGUCUACCCAUCGAGGCUAGGGUUUCAUUCAACCAUCUCAAACCUGAGGGAGCGGGGUUGGGCGCUUCAAGAGCACGUCUUGUCUCGCCGCGUCGUUCAUUGUACAUAUCCCGAGCUGUACUGGCAAUGCCGAAGCGCUUAUCAGACUGAAGGCGGGGUAACAAUUCCACCAGAAAACUCGAACCGUGAGUUCUUGCCGAUUGCCAAUCAAAUCGAAGUCGCAGGCGACCAUGACUUGAGGCUGCGCGUAGCCCACAAUGUUUGGUGUCGCUGGAUGCAAGAUUACUCGGACCGCCAAUUUACGAUCCCAUCAGACCGGCUUGCAGCUCUCGCAGGUAUGGUGGAUUGGAUGACCCAGGCGACCGGCUACACCCAUCUUUUGGCCUGUUGGGAGGAAACCAUCUGCGAAGACCUGGCUUGGUUGGGACGUCGUUGGUGUGCUCCUACUCAGCGGGAUUUUCUGUUACCUAACCUGCCAUCCUGGUCGUGGCUAUCGCGAGGUAAUGAGAUAGAGAUGGGCUACCAAGGGGUUGUCGAGGGAGACAUGGCUGUCGACAAGCAUACGCUGCUCGUAAGCAAGCAGAUUCUGUGGGAAGGGUUGCCAUUGGUCUCCAGGCUCCAACAUGCAGAGUUACAGCUGCAUGGACCGCUCAAGCAGCUGCGACUUACAACCGACCCCGAGGCCGACUACAUCCAUAGCUCGCCACUAAGGAUAAAUGAGGGUGAACACAGCGGGGGUCCGGACAAAGCCUGGCCUGGGUAUGAUAACGGUGUUCUCGACACGCAGCCAGGCGACACGGAACAGAAAUAUCUGAAUGGAUGCUAUCACUGCUUUCUUCUUUUCUCACUCACGGAAUCUGCGGGCAUUCGGGAUUUCUUUCUGGUCCUGGAGCCAGCCUGUUGCGACAGCCCAAACCUAUUUUGCUCGGCCACUUCUGAGCAGACCAUGGUAGACUAUCACAAUCGAUGCUUUCGGAGGGUUGGGCUCGCGUGGACUGAUCGACAUAUUCUUCCGUCCACGUCAUAUUUUGACGAUGCGGAUAAAACAACUAUUCGACUAGUCUAAAGCCUUUGAAUUUGUCAGGAGGCGAGUCUUUGGGAGGUCGAUUUCCUUCUAAAGCAGCCCUGUCAGAAAUGGUAAAUACUAAAGCAAUUGAGAAGAGACCUUCAGACAUGAUUGAAUGUUCUGCUCGAUUGGACGGUCCUGGACCUCAGACCAUAGGUUUCACAUCUCUAUACUUAGUCACUGAGUAAGGGGACGGAGCGCAACGUUACUCCAUGCUCGCCUAGAUGUGGUCGGCUAUGUGCUUAUCCUGAGUCAAGACCUCCGUCAAUAUAUUCCUGGCCCCCAAGGACGUACUCACGACCGCCUGGAGAUAGUGAGGACCCCGCACACGUGACGGACGGGAGGCUGGCCCACCUUCAGCUGCCGUCGAUGGAUUCAAGGUUGCCUUGCCUUGGGCUGUGACUGUCUUAGGAUGAGCAGAAUUUUCCAACCACAUGCACCCGAGACACUUGACCGAAUGAAGCACUUGCGAUCG